CCUUACUAACUAAUUUAAAAGAAACUUAUGAAUGGUUCACAGUAUUAGAUCUGAAAGAUGCAUUCUUUUGCCUCACCUUGGCCCCUGAAAGCCGCAAUUUAUUUUCCUUUGAAUGGGAAAACCCUGAUUCGGGACGAAAAACCCAACUAACCUGGACAGUGUUACCUCAAGGAUUUAAAAACAGCCCCAUGAUCUUUGGAAAUCAAUUAGCUAAAGAAUUAGAGGCCUGGGAAAGACCUCCAGGAAAUGGUACUCUUUUACAGUAUGUAGAUGAUAUUUUGAUAGCCACAGAAAAGGAUGAAGAAUGUAAAGAAUGGACUGUGAGUUUGUUAAACUUUCUUGGACUAAGUGGUUAUCGAGUCUCAUUACAGAAAGCCCAGAUCUUGAAGAAAGAAGUAAUAUACUUGGGAUUCGUGAUUUCUAAGGGACAGAGACAACUCGGGAAUGACCGGAAAGAAGCCAUUUGCAGGACUCCAGAACCGACCACGGUAAAAGAACUUCGAACCUUUCUGGGAAUGACAGAUGCUGUACAACUUCCAUCGGCAGUAGCGAUUAUGCACUGCAAAGGACAUCAGAAAGGUAACACUGACAGGGAAGUGGGAAAUAAAUUGGCUGAUCAUGAGGCAAGGCAAGCUGCGGAACAAGGUGAGGUAUUAGGCCUAAUUCCUGAAAAAUCUUUGCCACUACCUGAGAUAGUUGAAUAUGAUGAAAAGGAUCAGAAGUUAAUUACCGAUUUAAAGGCUGAAAUUGGCCCGACAGGAUGGGCAAUGUUAAAAGAUAACAAAAUAGUAGUUCCCUUCAGAAUAUUAUGGAAAUUAAUAAAAACAGAACAUGACAAAACUCAUUGGGGAACUGAAGCUUUGUACAAUUCCCUCACCAAGCAAAUGAUAGCCAGAAAUUUGUUUCAAACUAUAAAAACUAUAGUUGAUAGAUGUGAAAUAUGCUUAAAGAAUAAUCCAAAGUUAGAGAAUCAGGUGAAAUGUGGAAGUAUUGGUAAAGGGAAUGUUCCAGGCCAGAACUGGCAGAUAGACUUUACGGAACUCCCUAGAAAAGGGGGGCAUAGAUAUCUAUUAGUAUUAACUGAUACCUUUUCCGGAUGGCCUGAAGCUUUCCCCUGCAGAACAAAUAAAGCCCAAGUAGUAACAAAAGUCUUAUUGAGAGAAAUUAUUCCCAGAUUUGGCGUGCCAGAAGUGAUCUCCUCUGAUAGGGGACCACGCUUUGUGUCACAAGUAGUUCAACAAGUGAUCCUCUCGAAGAGAAGUGGAGCGGCCCUUUUCAAGUUCUGCUUACGACUUACACUGCGGUCAAGCUUGAGAGGCACGCUGCUUGGAUCCACUAUUCCAGAAUUAAAAAGGCACCUGAUGGACCAUGGAAGUCCCAACCCGUAG